CUAGUUUGAAUGAACGUCGAUAUGGUUUUGAAACAGUGAGCCAUAAGCCAACAGCUGGGUCAGCUGUUCUUGAUACCUUCACUUACAGUUCAGCAGCAACAGCCUACGGCUUUAAGGCACUAGCAGUAACAUCCAGUUAUCAGCUGCCACCUCGCUCUAGCCUGUCUGCAGAAACUGUUCCUUCAAGAAGUUGCCAUCUACCUGCUUACUCCAACAUAUCUGGAGCAACAUCUUUUUCAACUAUGAACCAGUUACCCAUUCAGCAGUCUGGUACAGCUGCAGCCAUUUCCACAUCAACUACAAACAUGUUACCCAAUCAUCCUGCAGUGUCUGCUGCAGACUCAACUGCCACAGCAAUGAGGAACAAGCUGGACAGCAUUAAGAAAUCGUUAUGCUUCGACGACGUCGAGGAAUCGAUUAGCUACACUCCGGGACAUAACAUUCCACUGAACACCGAUGACUCGAUGAUUGGAGAUGCUGAACUGACGUCGUCCUCGGAGAGAGGGAGUCCCCGUCUUCUAGCCAGCGUAUCAACGAAGUCCAACAGUUCGACGGAAAACGAUUAUGUGGAUCUCCAGCAGUACAGUUUGACAUCAGAACACUCAGCGUCCCCGGUCGAUCGGGAGAGAUGGACCGAGCUGCAGCAGUCGUCGUCGUGGAAUACACAACCCAGCGUUACAUGGACUGAGCUGCAGCAGUCAUCGUCAUGGAAUACACAACCCAGCUUUACAUGGGCUGAGCUGCUCACCACAGGACCGCCAGUUAGCAGACCACCUGAAGAAUCUGGACACACAGAACAGGAACAACACUCGUCAGAUCUGUUCCCCGCCCGUGGUCACGUUCCUCACGACUUGAGUACCAUUCUGGAGGUGGACACGCCCACUACAGGGACUAAAGACACCCUAGAAACUGUCCAUGAGAGUGAGCCGUCUCUCUCUGAUUCUAACAGUUACCACGGACACACUCGAGACACAGACACACUGGAAUCUCUCCGAGAGAGUCAGACAUCACUGUUGAGUGGGUCCAACUUCCUUAGUUACCCUCCACGUCAGAUUCCCGGGGGAGUGAUCCCUGGCAAGGCCAAGCGAGCGUUAGAGUUUGGUUAUUCUCCCCCCUCCGUGAACUCCUCCGUGUCAGUGACUGGAUCUGCCGCUGAGAGCUUCACUGCCGACUACAUGUAAAUGAAGUCACUGUCAAAAUGGAGGGAGGUGUUUUGGCAUAGACCUGUGUGUAUGUUACAUUAUCAUGGAAGUAGGAAGGUGCCAAAUCGGGUGGCGGCACACACACACACAUAUAUAUAUAUAUAUAUAUAUAAAUACAUGUAUAAAUAUAUCGCUGCUGCUACAAAGUGGGGGGCACAGGCCCCCCUUGCCCUCCCCCCUGCUUCCUACGCCAGUGAUUAUUGUUGUUAAAAUAAGGCAACACGUGGUUGGAAUGAUGAUUAUGGUGAGUGUAGAUCAAAAUGAAGUAAGGGAGGAAAGUAGAAAAAUUAACAAAGAAUUAGCGAGUAAUCUUCAUUAAGUAUAUAUUUUAAUGGUUGAUUGGUUGCAUUUCUGGUGGAUCCAGAUCUAACAUGGUUAGACUCACCAUGGUAAAUAGUAUUAAUAUAUAUCUUUUAAGAAAAAAGACAAGUAAAUUGCACAUUAUAGAGGAUCCUAAAGAGAGCCAGCUUGUAAGACCAAUGAUAAACAAAACAGGAGACAGGCAGAUUGUAAAUGAAGAGGCCGUUUAUUCAAAAUGACAUAGUUAGUUACAUGGCAUGUGAAUAUGUAACCGAGUAUACAAAACGUAUGUUUAUACUCCAAUCUUUAUGAUGAGUAAAGAAUGGUCUUAGGUGUGGGGUUCAAAACAAACAUUCUGGAAAGUUGGACAGCAUGCCCCCACCCACAGCUCUCGUUACUAAGGUCCCAUCAUGGCUCAACAAGAUGAAAGAUUCUACUGAAAAGUAAUACUUCUUCAUCCGAAUGUCCCAGAAGACAUAUCAUUUUACUUGACAUAAUAUACUUGUAUGUUCACAGGACAUUAUAAAUUGAAUGCAAUUGCUAUGUUAGCAACGUUUUCAAUCCAAAGCCUAACAGCUGGUACAUAUAAUACAAAACCAUAAACCAGUUAAGAAGUUUAAAUACAAACACUAUAUACUUCUUCAACCCAAUGCCCAAGAAGUUGACCUAUCCUGCACAAUAAUAAUAAAACAAGUAUAGUGUUGAUAAAACAUUUCUGCACAAAAUGCAAUACUUCUUCGACCCAAUGCCCAAGAAGAAAUAUCUUACUUAACAUAUUACUCCAUCUGGACACAUGAACAGUUUUGAUUAUACAUUACUGUUCUUUAGCGCAUUGCUCCAAAACUCUGACGUAUCAUCCAAAACCUACAAAUAUUUACACCAGGUAUGUUAGUGAUAUAUGACCAGCACAUCUUCGACCCAAUGCCCAAGAAGGUGACCAUACAUCACAAAAUACACCAAAUAAUAUACCCAUAUAUCUACAUGCAAAAUUAUAUAUCAAUAAAAUAUGCUUGCUGUCCUAUCUUCGACCUAGUGCCCAAGAAAAUACUGAAGACUACUGUUUUAAUGCUGAGUUGUUGCCUAGUUAUGGCAUAUAUAUGCCAUAACUAAGCAACAACUUGGCAUUAAAACAUAUAUAUAUAUAUAUAUAUAUCCCAAUACAUCAGAAUUGGUAGAUGAAUAUAUCGCUUGAAAGCUAGAGACUGCCAACGACCCAUAUUCUGAAUAUCUUCAUAUGAUAUUCCUUUGGUGGCAGCCCAACUAGCUGCACUAAUUCUGACUGACCGGCCUCGAUGGCGUCGUGGUUAGGCCAUCGGUCUACAGGCUGGUAGGUACUGGGUUCGGAUCCCAGUCGAGGCAUGGGAUUUUUAAUCCAUAUACCGACUCCAAACCCUGAGUGAGU